AUGGCGUUAACCCUCUGGAGUGCUUUCCUAUCGGCCCCUGUGCAAAUGGCAAACCACACAGAGAAUGUGCUGACCCCCUUUGCUUUGUUUCUCUCCUAUCAGAGCCGCCUUCCUGGCAUCAAAGUGAAGUACCUGUUCUUUGCCUGGCUGGGGAUUUUUGUGGGCAGCUGGAUGGUCUACAUGCAUUAUUCGUCCUACUCCGAGCUCUGCCGGGGACACGUCUGCCAAGCCAUCAUCUGUGAUCAAUACAACAAAGGCAUCAUUUCGGGGUCAAUGUGCAAAGAUCUUUGUGAGGACCACACCUUGGUAUUUGAACACUGCUUGUCACCUUCUCCCACCCAGCAGGUCUAUAGCGGCCUCUGGAAGGAGAAAGAGGUGGUUAUCAAAUGUGGCCUGGAAGAAGCCCUGAAGGCCGACAGCAACCCGGAUGCAGAUCCCAGGAGAGACGUGGUUCUCUUCAACAAGCCAACUCGAGGGACGUCCAUGGAUGAAUUCCGGGAGAUGCUCCUGAAUUUCUUGAAAUCUGGUCUUGGAGAUCAAGCCUCCCUCACCAACUUGGUGAACCAGAUUAUCGCCAUGGCCGACGUCAGUCGGGACGGGAAGCUUUCUCUGGCCGAAGCGAAAUCCAUCUGGGCCCUUCUGCAGCUGAACGACUUCCUCCUGACCUUCUCCCUGCACGAGAAGGAGCACACCCCCAGGCUCUUGGGGCACUGCGGCGAUCUGUAUCUCACAGAGAAGAUCCACCACACCUCCCUCUACACCAUGGGCUUUCCUCCUUUCCUGCAGCCGCUGCUGCCUUCUGCCGUACUCAGAGUCGUCCACCAGUGGUUCUUGCCCACCUGGCCCCGGCGAGCCAAAAUCGCCAUCGGACUUCUGGAAUUCGUGGAGGAGAUCUUCCACGGGACCUACGGCAACUUCUACAUCUGCGAGGCCGGCUUCACCAACAUGGGCUACAAUAAGAGAUACGACUUCAAAAUGGUGGACCUCAGGACAGUGGCCGCCGAGAUGACCAUCCAGAGGUUCCUUAAGGGCCGUCACUGUGAGCAAAACACGGACUGCACCUACGGGAAGGACUGCGUGGCGCCGUGCGACAAGCUCAUGAAGCAGUGCAAGAGCGACGUGGUCCAACCCAACCUCGCCAAGGUGUGUGGGCUUCUGCUGGAGUACCUGCUCCACGGGGCCCCGAGUGACUUGAAGGAGGAACUGCAGAAGCAGCUGAAAACGUGCACCACGCUCAGCGGGCUGGCCAGUCAAAUGGAGGUGCACCACUCGCUGGUGCUCAACAGCCUGAAGACCCUCUUGUGGAAGAAAAUUUCCAACACCCAAUAUUCCUAGAGGGGCUCCGGGAAGCCUAAGGACAAGGCCAGGGUGGGGAGCGGCUCCCCUCUUCCCAACUCGGUCUAAGGCCUUCGAGCGAGGGGGAGCCACGUAGCCUCCACAGACAGACUUUGGGAUGGGGAGGGAUGAGAAAGAAAAGCAGUUUUUGUGGAACAGACGGGGAUCUCCAGGUGAGCGUAGCCAAGGUGAAGAGAGGUCAGUUGUCUGUCUGAUGUAAAUAAAUGGUGUCUC